AUAUCCAAAAUGAAUAACAAACGACCUGUUGAACGAGCACUUGCUACUCUACUGCCUACUCACGAAAAUGAAAUGCCCUCUGAGCUGCUCAGACUUGCUCAGUCUCUAUUUGCGCAGUCUCGAAGUUACUCGUCGAGCUUGAAGCCGGAGGAAGAGAUUGCUAGACCUCAUGCUUGCGCUGAGAUAGCUUGCCGACGAUUGGCGCGGACGUUGAAACUCCCACCUCUCCUCGGUCAUCCUCCGUGUCCACCCCGAGUAUACAAGAAACUCUACACAUUUCUCGAGAAAUCCAUUGGAGGCGGAAAUGCAACAGCGAAGAAUAAAUCAGCUCCCUCAACACCACAUAAAGCUUCGUCAAUUCCCAGGAAGGCUGCUGGAGACGAUACUGCGACUUCCCGAACACCAUCGAAGCAGGUCAAUACACCGUCUAAAUGCACACCUCUCGGAAAGAGAGCACUCGAAAAUGAAACUAACAAAACACCCUCGGGGAUGGCCUCGGUAAAACGUGCACGAUUUACCAAAGAGCCGUUACAAUUGCUACAAAAUAUCAAAGAUGCGCCGCAGUUCGUUAUGCCGUCUAUCAGGACAGUCUGCAAAGCCCUCUCAACCCCUGCUCCGCGAAUGACUCUAUGGUCAAGACCGCCUAUUUCACGGACAUUACCUCCUCAUAUUUUUGCAGGUGUCUCGUCGAUUCUACAUUUUAUCUCCAAGAUGACCGAUAAGGAAGUUGAUGAAUUGGAUGAUGAAGCUUUGGAUUUUGUGAACAUUAUACGUUCACCGGAGGAGGAGGAAAAUGAUGAUUUUAAAGAGGUAAUAAUGGCUCUUAUAGUAGCAGUUUAUUUCCUAGUCCUUGCUCGCCGACGCAGUCCUCCUCCACUCAAUACUUCGGCAUCACAUAAAACAUCUACAACUACCCACGACACACCCAAGUCCCCAGCCACAGAAUCCCGAAAAAUGGAUAAGAAGACUUUUACCGAAAUGCGACAGACCGCUCUAUCGAGUCUGGGAUUGCCGGCGACAGAGAAACGCCACGGCGAGGACGUCGAUGCGUGGAUUGAAUUCAUUCAGGUUCAGAAAUGGGCAAAGGGGCAGGAAUGGUUUGAUAAUAUCCCGCUAGCGGGGGAAAGAGAGGAUGAGCUUGAGAAUGGACUAUAUGAUGAUGACGAUGACGAUGAUGCUGCCGAUGGACGUGAUAAACGCAAGACUCAGCGGAUGAAGAGGACGAAUAUAUUUCUACAUGCUGGUAAGGAUGAGGAAGGGCUGUUAUUACCUGGUCUUGGGACGAUGAUGCAAGAUCGAAUUGAUUAUUUGAGUGAGGAUCGGAAGGAGGAUUAUCUAGAGUGGAAGGCGGAUAUCUUGGAGAGGAUUGGGAAGAUGAUGAAGGGAAAGGCCUAG